GGAAAUAUGGUCCACGCCGGUGGUGCAGGUCCAGAUCCCAUUCCCUUCAAGGCCCUGAACAACAGCAACCUCGCCGAAGCUAUUCUAUUCUGUUUGACACCUGAAGCGUCCGCGGCCGCAUGA